AUGAAAGUCGUGAUACAAAGAGUCAAAUCGGCGUCUGUUAGUGUUGAUUCAGAACUGAUUUCCUCUAUUGGCAAGGGCCUGCUAGUAUUUGCUGGCAUUGGCCAGGAAGACACAGAGAAGGAUGCAGAGAACCUGGUGAAUAAGUGGAAGCGCAAUGUUCAAGACAUUGAGGGAGAAGUACUCUGUGUUUCGCAAUUCACCCUAUAUGCCAAGAUGAAGAAAGGCAACAAGCCUGAUUUCCACGAUGCAGCCAAACCCGAAACGGCGCGCAGGGUCUAUGAUUACUUCUACGAUAAGAUGCGCGAAUCCUACAUCCCAGACCGGGUAAAAAACGGUGUCUUUCAGGCCAUGAUGGAGGUUGAGCUGAAGAAUGACGGGCCGGUCACCAUCGAGAUCAACACCAACCUCCCCAAGAAGGAACCCAAGGAACCGAAAGACAAUAAUAAGCCAGAGGAGGAGGAGGAGAUCAAGAAGACAUUCGAAUUCCAAAUUCCAGCAGAAUUGCUGGAGUAA